UUUUUUUCUGUAUCUGCUUCUCCUCUACCUUCGUCCUCCUCCCAAGUCCCACCUUCUCCUUUAAAUCCACUUUUUGAAACUUUUUCGAAGUCUCUCCUCUCUUUUCCUCUCACGAGCUCUCUGUGAUAGCGUUAAAAGCCUGACACUAGGUUUACCUCCUGGAUUACGUCUACGAUUCCAUUGCUCACGCAGCUCAUUGCACGAAUUUCCACCCUUGUAUUUGGGAUAAAUGUAUGCUAAUCAACUGUUACUCUGACUGCUACUGCUGCUUAGCUUACCCUUUCGUCAUUUCCAUCCCAGAGUUCAGAGAGCAAGUAAGUUCUCCAGAAUCGAAGGACCUAAUAGCACACUGCAGCAACCGCGAACUUCUCGCCUCCUCGAUGCCUGGUGAGAUGCGGGAGAUGUUUCGGGCUUCUAUCGGCGGAUAUCGAUGAUAAAUUGAUCUCUGAGAUCUGGGCAUUUCUAUGAUUCGAGGAAUUUGGGGACUUUAGCGUGUAAUGGAGGAUAUUGGGUUGUUUAAGCAAGCAUGGCAAUGGCUGCAAAUGCAGAAGCACACUUGCUCGAGGGUCAGAACUGGAGCAGGGUGUGUGAGAGAGAGGGCUAGUGUCCUUAUAGACCGCCAUUGGCCGACGGUGUGUGGUGGGUUCGCCAGAUUUGGGAAGUUGAUAACUUUCUUGCUGAUCUAUUGGAAAGAAUGCUCUGUCAAGGGUUUCCUAUCGGUUAUUCGACUGGGCUCGGCAGCUCUGCUUCUUAUUAUGUGGAGUUGCUUUCUUAGUCUCACUUCAAUAUCAUGCUUGAUUUACGUUCUGCUCAGCAUGGGAGCUGCAGGAGUUGCUGUUCAAUACUUGGGUUAUACCCCUGGGCUAUUUAUCGUAGGACUAGUUGCUAUAUUAACUCUAUGGAUGUAUGCUAACUUUUGGAUAACAGGAACGUUGUUUAUAAUUGGAGGUUAUUUGUUUUCACUUAAUCACGCUAGGUUGGUGGUCCUAAUGGCGGCUAUAUAUGCUCUCUAUUUGGUCCAAGUUCGAGUGGGGUGGCAUGGUGUUUUUCUGUCAAUACACCUCACAUUUUUCUCAAAUGACAUAUUGAAUCUGUUACUGCAAUGGUGUGAUAAUAUCACUGAGACUGUCCCCGUGGAGGAGCAGAAAGAACCUGAAACACUUCGAGAGGAUGGUUUUCCUCCAGAUCGUGACUAUUCGGUUCCAACUGAUUCAUCUGAAAAGGUGCAGUCAUGUAAAUCUUCCAGCAAGCCAGCUGGUACUUCUUCAGUUGUUAGUAACCAACCAGAGUCUUCUACUAGAAAGGUAGUUCGAGUUGAAGCGAGUUCAGUUGAUGAGAUGAGGAGGAUUUUAACUAGUGUUGAUCAUUAUGAAGCUCUUGGGUUUCCUCGGCACAAGCGGAUUGAUGUGGCAAUUUUAAAAAAGGAGUACCGUAAGAAGGCCAUGCUUGUGCAUCCUGAUAAAAAUAUGGGGAGCUCGUUAGCAAGUGAAUCAUUUAAGAAACUUCAGUCUGCAUAUGAGGUUCUCUCUGAUGUCACCAAGAAGCGGGAUUAUGAUGAACAAUUGCGGAAGGAUGAACUGAGGACUAGAAGUGUGUGUCAAAAGUCCAAUAGUACCUCAACACAGGAUUCUCCAGACUAUUGCUCUGAGGAAUCAAGGCGCAUCCAGUGUACAAAGUGUGGAAACUCACACGUAUGGGUGUGCACGAAUAGGAGUAAGACCAAGGCAAGAUGGUGCCAGGAUUGUUCUCAAUACCAUCAAGCCAAAGAUGGCGAUGGCUGGGUUGAGUACAAGGGCUCAUUGGGUUUUGCUACAUCCGAAAAGGUGGAAAUUCCCCGUGCGUUUGUAUGUGCUGAGAGCAAGAUAUUUGACGUCUCUGAGUGGGCUAUCUGCCAGGGAAUGGCUUGCAGACCUAACACGCACAGGCCGAGUUUCCACGUGAAUAUGGUUGGUCUAGAGAAACAGCAGUCGAGUUCCGGAAGGUACCCAUGGGACUUGGAUGCCGAGAUGAUGGAUGAAGACGAAGAAGAAUUCGAGCUGUGGCUACAACAGGCGCUGGCUUCCGGACUGUUCUGCGAGACUUCGAAGCGCAGGAAAAGCUGGAGCCCUUUCAAGCUGAAUCCAAAGAAAGGGAAGAAACAAUGGCGGAGAACAUCAACCUAAGAAAGAUGGACAUGCAUGGGGGAAGAAGAGAGAAAUGAUGAAUUCCGGGGUGGUCACAGAGAUGAAAGUUGGGCCUCAGUUGCUGGACAUGGACUUGGUGACAGGCUUUUUCUGGGCUUAUAGGGAGGCAGAGAGGACGGGCUGAGUUGUUGAUCACAGGGCCUAAGCAAGAGGAACCGAGGCAAUUCAGUGGAAUCAAGUGAUCUGCCAAAAGGAUGGUAUCACCCAAACCAAAGCAUGGAGAGGGAAGGAAGAAAGGAAUAGGUUAAACUUAAAUGGGUUCCAUCCUAUUUUGUGUAGUUAGGUUAUGGAUGAGAUGACGGUUCCUCAGUAGCGUUGUACAUAUUUUUCUGAUUCUAUGUAUCCCCAAUCCCCAUUGUACAAUACAAAGGGGAGGAGGUUAGUUGCUUCUUGGCAGGAAAAAAGAUGAUUGAACUUGACUGAAAAUUUUAGUAAAAAAAACAUUUGCAUAUGUUCUCUCUUUUUUCUUAUAGCAAACCUGUAAAUGUUUUAUAACCCAGAAUUAUUCAGCCAC